AUGGACCGUCCCGAGCCAGGCCUCGUCAAAUGGUCCGCCAACUCGGCCGUGGACAGCUUCGUCCACAUCAACCUGCAGCAUCGCGUCGUCCAGCUCUAUGAGCCGACCGGGCAUGCGCAUCGGCGCCGCUUCGACUAUGCCAAGCUCAGCAGGCACGACGACUUCCCGCCGCUCACCACCUAUGACUGGUCGCCCGCCAACCCGGAGCUGCUCGCCGUCGGCACCAGCUCCGGCAUUGUGAACCUCUUGCGCAUCGACGACAGCUCCAACGCAUACGUCGAGAUUGGCCUUAAGAUGGCCAGAACCUGCCAUGCAGUCGCCUUCAACAACACGGGGCUCUUGGCGGUCGGCCUCGACCGUGUGCGCAUGGACCAGAGCCUGCAAGUCUGGGACGUCAACCGCCUCUCUGCUUCUGAAAAUCAGAAGAAGGGCUUCCCAUCUGAUGCGUCCAGCUUGGUGGAGCCGAGGACGCGCCUGGAGCCUAGCGUUUCCGUCUCAAGCCUCAAGUUCUUCGAGGACAGCCCACAGACUCUUGUUGCGGGCAUCAAGGGACAAGGCGUGAGGAUGCACGACCUCCGAGACCCCACCAGCGUCGUGACAUUUCAGACAAAGUGCAAUAACAAUCUAGCAAUCGACUACGCGGACCAAAACUUCUUCGCGUCGUCUGCCCUGGACCAUCCCGGCGUCAUGAUCUGGGAUCGGAGAGCCACUGCGAGGCCCGUGGCCUCUCACACUUAUCUACAGGCCGUCGAGGAAGACGAGCUGCCAUGGGGAGGGGCCCUGCGGCUUGACCAAGUCAUCGAGACCGAUUCGGAUCCUCUCAUGGCCGAGGGCAAGCACUCCCUCAUACGCUCACUCCGGUACUGCCGCGACCGCCGCGGCCUAUUGGCGGCUCUUUCGCCAACGGGUCAGCUCAAGGUCCUAGAGACGAACAAGGAGACGCCGCCGUCUGGCACCGCACCCCAGGGCCCCGAGCUGCUACAGGUCCAGCGCUCCUACGAGAUGGAUGUGUCUUACAGAGACAAUUCCAGGCGAAACGAUCGCAUCGUCUCCUUUGACUGGAUGACCCUCGGCUCGCCGGCGCUACGCCCCAGGCUUCUAGUCCUACGAGCCAACGGAAACUUUGACGUUCUGGAGCAGCCAUCGCGCACUUCGGAUCACGUUUUCAAUUUUAUCCCCUGGCAGGCUCCCUACCGAGGCUUAGAAGAAGGCGGCCCCUACCUGGACACGAUGCAGUUUGAGCCGUCUCAGACGGUCGAGAUGCUGGGCACAUUCCUCGCCGAACAGACUCUGUCCGAGGUACCUAUUUUCGGGCCCGACAGUAGCAACGUCGAGGAGAGGCUUGUCGCCGCCCUGAGGAAUUCAUCUGUCACCUCUACCAAAGCCGAGCAGCUCAACAAAAUCACGACUCCGCUGCCUGAGGCGUUCAACCAAGCCACUUCCGUGGCACAGAAGCUGCGAAUAUUGAGAGCAUACGUGCGACAGGAAUCGGAGUCGGCCCAUCAUGCUGAGGAUGGGACGUCGCGAAACGGCGACACCAAUCAUUUAGGGAACGGGCCAAAUGAGAUUUCGCUUGCGUCCAACAGUCUCGGAUCUUGUCGCGAGAUCCACGAAGGGCUCCUGACGACACUGGUGGCCGCCAAGGGCCUGCCUCGACAAGCACUAUGCGUUGUCGACCACAUCAUGCCUCUCCGCGCCAAGGAGAAGUAUUUGUUUGAUGCGGCUGAGAACCGAAGCGUCAUCGGAGACGAUCCGUGGAAGCGCUUCAUCUGGGACUGGAUCGCCGAUGCGGAGGAUGCUGCUGACGACGGCGGCAUGCUGCUGGGCAACAUGGAUCUCAGCUUCCUAGGAGUACAUGCGAUCUGGACCAACGACCUCGGCAAAACACCCAGCACUCGUCUUGCGCCAGGCACUGCCGUCCCCGACGCAUCGCAAUGGGAGCGGGCCAUCGGGCAGUUUUGCAAGAAGCGCCGCUUUCCAAAGUUUGACGGAGUCUCCACGAGGAAGCCACACCAUCGGCAGCUCUGUCUGGAGAUAUGCGGCUGGGGCGACCCUCAGAAGCACGAUCCCAGCGGCGUCGACAGGGAAGCCGACCCGGAGUAUCCUACCGCUAUCCACACCAUGGUGGCCUCCCGAGCUCUCUUCCGCGGCGACACGAAGCAAGCCGUUCAGAUACUGAAAAAGGCGAGCUCGAGGCACCCUGAGCUGCUCUUUGUGUCUCUCGCGCUGCAGCUCAUCGGCCGAGGCAACCGGCAGUCCGCCAAGGAGCAGCUAGAGAUUGACGACGCCGUGGCAUCCAAGACGGACCCCUACCUGAGAGCCAUAUCAUCGCUCAUCGCAACCGGGGACUGGUCGACCAUCGCCAACCAGCGCUCCCUGCCAUUGGCAGACCGGGCCGUCGUGGCCGUCCGCAACUUCGACGACGACCAGCUCACCAAGUGGCUCACGGACCAGGUGGCGCUGGCGGUCGAGGACGGCGACAUCGAGGGCAUCGCGCUGACGGGCAUCAACGACAACAUGGUGGACAUAUUCGCGCGGUACGUGCAAAAGUUCCACGACGUGCAGACGGCGACGCUCGUCCUGUCGACGUGCUACCCGCGCUACAUCGACGACAUCCGCUGCCGGGCCUGGCGCAACGCCUACCGCGCGCUCCUCCAGCGCCACCGCCUCUUCUUCCAGCGCACAAAGUUCGAGGUCGAGUCCACCAAGCGCUCCAAGCGCGACGGCGUGCCCACCAUCAAGCCCCCCUCGCGCCAGAUCGCCCUGCGCUGCGUCUUUUGCGAUGCCGAGACGUCCCUCGCCAACCAGGGUGCUGGCUCCGGCGGCGGCGGCGGCGGUGGUGCGGCGACCGCGCCCUCGGCGCUCGAGACGCGCAACCCGCUGCUCGCCACCAGCAUCAACGCCGGCGUCAGCUGCCCCAACUGCGGCCGCCACCUGCCCCGCUGCGUCGUCUGCCUCGAGGUCGUCGGCGUGCCGCGCUCCGACAAGCCCGAGGACAAGGAGGAGACGCGCAUGGCCGGCCGCUUCCCGACCUUUUGCCUGCGCUGCGAGCACGUCCUGCACCUCGACCACGCCAGGCAGUGGUUCGCCAGGCACGUCGAGUGCCCCGUGCCCGAGUGCCGCUGCCGCUGCAACUUCAAGGCGAACCCGGAGCUGGCGUAUCAUUGA